AUGCACGGAGUUCCCCAGGUUCCCGACUGCUCCGGACGUCUUCUGCCUCAAGUACCAGCUGCGCCAGACCCACGCCUGCUCUUCGAGCACUGUCACAGCUUUGUCGAGCUGCCGAACCCAUAUUCCACCAUCCCACAUCAAACUUCAGAACUUCUUCCUGAGCAUCAUAAUAAUUACAUUGGUAUGUCACCUUUGCGGAAAAAAAUCAAGUCCGCCGUAUGAAAAAUGACUUCAACGUAUUUCAAAGCUUUUUUUAAAUAUUUUAUUAAAAAUCAUAAAAAAACUUUUUUUCAUGAGUUUUUCAAUCAAUCGUCAGAGCCAAGAACUUCUUGAGCGAGGUCGAAACAUCGCUUUUUGCAAAUUAGAAGUUCAUGCGUGUAGUUGAUCAAGUUGGCGGAUUGAUCUUACGAUCCUUCGAUUCGUUUUUUUCUGUGCAUAGUUAAUCCAGUUGCGACUUAACGAUCCCAGAAUUUAUCUAAUGUUAAGACUGGAACACGGAUACCGUACUCUAGGUGAAAGCCUCAAAGAGCGACUACAGAAGAGUUAAUAACUAACGCGGAAUCGAACCUCGGAAAAGUAUUUUAAGUAGAAAAACCCAAAAAAGAUGAAAAAAAAAAUUAUCUUACAUUCACCAAAGCUUUCCUUUAAAUUACAACUUCAAAAAUCUGUUCAGCUGUUUAGAAAAAAUAUACCAUUUCCGGAUUCAAAACUUAAUACUUUCUUGCUCCCUUGAAGGUGGGAAAUUGUGUAUUUUUCUUUUCUGCUGCGCAUGAAAAAUAUUCAUAUUGCAUUUUUAGCUUUAUAAAAAAAAGAGAGUUUUAUGCCGAUUUCAGAUCAAAUACUACCAAAAAACUUUGCUGAAACAAAACAUUCGGAGCCGACGAUUCAAUUACGCAGCCAACAACACAAAAGGAAACCACGCGUUCUUUUCACCCAGCUACAGGUCGGUAGACUUCAUUGUUUUGGUGGUCGCAAGUGGAAUGGCUUUCACGUUGUGGUUAUUCCACUGCCUACAGAAUUUUUUUGAUCUUUAGAUUUUAAAUUUGACGUGAAAGGGCAGACCAAUUUUUUUUCCGAAGAGUUUAAUCAUAGGUUAAUGAGCUCGAAGAAAAAUUCAAAAAACAACGAUACGUGACGGCUCAGGAACGGGAAGAGCUUGCGAGGAUUCUCGGUCUGUCUCCAACUCAGGUCUUUUCUCUUCACUCGUACUCGAUCGCUAACUUUUUCAAAUCUAGGUAAAAAUAUGGUUCCAAAACCGAAGGUACAAGUGCAAGCGCCUGGCUCAAGAUCGAACUCUCCAGCUGAGCCAAAUUCCGUUUAAUCCAGUGAGUCUUUACCAUUUUUGUAUGAAUCGAUCUGAAAGUUACAGAUUUUCGCCUCCGCUUUGCCCUUCAAUCUUAAUUGUUUCACGGCAAACACUUCCUCAUGA